CCAGCACGCCUCAGAAGGCACGCCUCAGAAGAGACGCUCAGGUACUCAAUUUCCGAGCUGUGCUGAGGGAGACGGACCGUGUCGGACCCCCGAGUACGAAGGAGCGCUCGCAAACGUGGGUAGGGCCGCGCCCACGGUGACACAAGGAAUGCCUGGUACGAGGGUGUGGCGUGCAGAAUCCCAUCCACGUAAGCUGCAGGAGUUCUCCCACUAUGCUGGGUCCGAAGAUAAACUCGCUUUGCUCCUCUCAGCUGCAUGCAGUAUAAGCUUCGGCCCCCAUUGUGCUCGCGGGAUCGGUGAUGUUGUCCCUGGAUUCUGGCACACGUUCCGAGCGUGGUGUAGCCCGGGGUGUACCCGACUCUUUGGUGGCCCGAAUGCUCCCGACUCUUUGGAAGCCCGAAUGUGCCCGACUGUUUUAAGCCCCGACUGUGCCAGGUCGAUCUCGCGAGAAUGUUUCUCUCCAUCCCUACCAACGCAAAGACCAUUUUGGUUAGUCUCGAGGGGACGUAGUUCGGUCGUAUUAAUAGUCAGAUGAUGACGGGGAGGAAAUGUGGUGGAACGUCCGCUGCCCUAUCGUACUAACACCGGUCAGUGAUAGAGUUUGUGUCCUUCGCCAGCCUCCGACCAUUUGUCGUUGGGAGUUAUAACGGAGUUAAGCCCGGCGUUUACUACAGCCGACCCUUCCCUC